AUUUACGCCUCUUUGUUGAACUGGAGAGCAAACUUGCGUGUGUCACCGUUGCAUUUUAAACCUCAGCUGUUGCCUGCUCUUUUCUCUUUUCCUGAUGUUACAAGUCUGCCGGCGUUGAUGGUAUUGCGUUCUUCUUUCGAUAUCAGAAAUUCUUUCAAGGAAUCCCACGAUCUAUCCAGUACUCAGCCUUGCCAGCUUCACUCUUCCGAAAAAUAAUGUCCUCAAGUGAGCACACAAGAAACCAAUAUUUCCACAUCAGUCUUCACAUUCAUACCUUCAAGGGGACCCCCUAGCCAUGUGCAGAUUCAUGGUUUACAAGGGCUCCAAGCCGAUUAUUCUCUCAAAACUCAUCACAGAACCCUCACACAGCAUCCUGACCCAAUCCUAUGACAGCCGAUUGCGUCUUGACAGUCGACGACCAGUCAAUGGCGACGGAUUUGGCGUAGGGUGGUAUACCGAGCCAGAAAUGGGCCCGGAUCCAUGUAUCUUCACCUCGACCCUUCCAGCAUGGAACUGCGUCAAUCUUGAACGAAUUGCACCAAAGACGGCGUCCAGAUUGAUCUUCGCUCAUGUCCGUGCAACCACCGAAGGCUCCCUGGCCGAGAACAAUUGCCAUCCCUUCCAGCACAAUACUCUGAUGUGGAUGCACAAUGGGAACAUUGGAGCGUGGAAAUAUGUCAAACGACCUCUAUCCGACAGCCUGUCCGACAAAUGGUUCCUCGGCGUCAAAGGUGGCACUGAUUCCGAAUGGGCAUUUGCGUUGUUUCUCGACACCCUCGAACGCGAAGGGGUUGACCCUAGUUCCGAGCCUGAAGACGGCUUUGACACCAGACUUCUACGAAGAGCGAUGAAAAAGACCAUCGCCAAGAUCAAUGCCUUCGUCAAAGCCGUUCCAGCAGAAUAUCACCUGGACGACGUUGAAACAAGAAGUUUGCUGAACUUUGCCGUGACCGAUGGUCACUCCGUCAUUGUCACACGUUAUGUCAGUAGCAAAACUGACGCAGCUGCGAGUCUGUACUAUUCUUCCGGGACGGCGUGGGUAGAGGGCAAAACCAAAGGACAGUUCAAGAUGGAGCGGAGAGACAAAGCGUCUGAUGUUGUGCUUGUGGCCAGCGAGCCCUUGACAUUCGAGCGACACAACUGGCUGUCUGUGCCCACCAACACCAUCGUCACGAUAUGCAAGCAGACAGUUUUCGUUCGGCCUAUCAAGGACGAAUACUACGACCCUGAUCCCUCGACUGAACGGUCCACCGGCUACGCCAGAUCAAAGGGCCUGGUUGCGAAAGCUCCAGGUGGCGGCACGGCGACUCCCUCGACCAUGGCAGGCACGCCUCUUCCGCGGAAUGAGGUCGAAACUGCUGACGGUGGCUACAUUGUCAAGGAGGACUUGGAUAGGCUGAAGUCUAACAUGCAAGACUUGCAUCUGCCGAACGGACAGCCUAGUCUGCCUACUAUAGAAACCCAUGUUACGUCCUGUCAACCUCGAGGUAUGCAAUGAGCGAACGUGCUGCUAUUGAGGAGAAGGAAGUGAGAAGGAAGAGUGAUGAUUGCAGGACUUGUUCGUGCGACACGAUGAGGAACAAUCAGCACAGACACCCCUUGGCACAGAAAUUUGGACAUGUUGCUCGGGGCGAAGAAUAGUAUGGUCUCGGUGUUGUCAGGGAAAGAUUGGAAAGCAGGAGGAGUAAGGCGUUUGGAUUACAGAUACCUUGGCCGCCUAGUUUCAUGGCUCGAUACCUCACAACAUGUCUUUGUUUUCG